UGAUCUGAACAUCACUGAAAUUCAGUGGGUAGAUCUUAAACAUGCUUUAGUUUUUUAAAGCUCGGAUAUUAAGCAUAGGGAGUAAUUGUGCACUCUCUUCGAAACCAGUAACCGCACAGUACUAUUUAAAGAACGGGAAAUGUUUACAUAUCUUUGCUGUCAAUAUUGUAUUAACCUGAAGAAAAAUAUUUAAUCACCGUAGGGGUGCCCGAACAUCUGAAUAUACCUAAGUCUGAAAUGGCAACAAAUCCAGAGCAACUUCACUUGAUAGUUGAAAACGCAGCUAACGCUAGCUUAACUUAUCGCAAAGCGUCUCCGGUGUGUCGAACCAAAACGAGAUAAAGUCCGGCGAGAAGAUAUUAUUAUUGUCAAUACGCAGAGCAGCGAUUCUCUGAGAAGAUGUUGAGCCGAUUCAUGAGUGGCAGCAUCAGGAAUCUUGAGCGGGAAUACAGCUGCACCGUCAGACUGCUGGAUGAUACGGAAUACACAUGCACCAUUCAGCGGGAUGCAAAGGGACAGUAUUUGUUUGACCUUAUCUGCCACCACCUCAACUUGCUGGAGAAAGACUAUUUUGGCAUCAGAUAUGUUGAUCCAGACAAACAGCGGCACUGGUUGGAGUUCACAAAAUCAAUCGCAAAGCAAAUGAAAUCUCAGCCUCCGUUCACCAUGUGUCUGAGAGUCAAGUUCUACCCUCCUGAUCCCGCUGCUCUGAAGGAGGAAAUCACUAGAUAUCUUGUCUUCCUGCAAAUCAAGAGAGACCUCUACCACGGUCGGCUCCUGUGUAAAACCUCGGAUGCGGCGAUGUUGGCUGCCUACAUCCUUCAAGCUGAGAUUGGCGAUUACGACCCUGGGAAGCAUCCGGAAGGUUAUAGCUCCAAAUUCCAGUUUUUCCCUAAACAUUCUGAGAAGCUGGAGCGCCGGAUUGCAGAUAUACACAAGACAGAGCUGAUUGGACAGACACCUGAAACAUCAGAGCGAAAUUUCCUGCAGAAAGCCCAGAUGCUGGAGACAUAUGGUGUUGAUCCGCAUCCAUGCAAGGAUGUGUCUGGGAACCCAGCUUUUCUCGCCUUCACGCCAUUUGGUUUUGUGGUGCUUCAAGGGAACAAGAGGGUUCAUUUCCUCAAAUGGAACGAGGUGACCAAACUGAAGUUUGAAGGCAAGACGUUCCACAUAUAUGCAAAUCAGAAGGAGGACAAAAAGAUCAUCUUGACAUACUUCGCACCCACUCCUGAGGCAUGCAAGCAUCUCUGGAAAUGCGGAGUGGAGAACCAAGCUUUCUAUAAGCUUGAGAAGUCAAGUCAGGUUCGCACCGUGUCCAGCAGCAACCUGUUCUUCAAGGGCAGCCGUUUCCGUUACAGUGGACGAGUGGCAAAAGAGGUGAUGGAGCAGAGUGCCAAAAUCAAACGCGAACCUCCAGAAAUACACAGGGCUGGCCUUGUGCCUAGCAGAAGCUGUCCAUCCAUCACCCACGGACCUCGUCUCAGCAGUGUACCGCGCACGCGUCGGAGAGCUGUGCACAUAUCUAUCAUGGAGGGUCUGGAGUCCUUGCGUGACAGUGCCCACUCUACACCGGUGCGUUCAGUGUCCCACAGCGAAUCCUUCAUACCACGCUCCCGGAGCCAGGCCACAGAUGCCAGCGACGGGACGGCGGUGAUCUCGGAUGAGGCCUACAGCCCCUCCGACAGCGUCCUGCCCACCCCGGUGGCCGAGCACAGCAUGGAGCUGGCCGUCUCGCGCCAGAUCAACGGGGCGCCCUGCAGCAUCGAAGAGGAGAAGGAGUCAGAGGCAGGCACCCCGAUGCACGGGGAAGGGGGUGAUUUUGGUGCGGACGGUAGAUCUGCACAGGAGGGUGCAGGGGGGGACUCAGCCCUCAGCGAGGUGGAACAGGUGAAUAAGUUUGUUUUAAGUGUCCUCCGUUUGCUCCUUGUGACCAUUGGACUCCUCUUUGUCUUGCUCCUCCUCCUCAUCAUCCUCACCGAGUCAGACCUUGACAUAGCAUUUUUACGUGAUAUCCGCCAGACCCCCGAAUUUGAGCAGUUCCAUUACGAAUACUUUUGUCCCCUCAGGCGGUGGUUUGCCUGCAAGCUCCGCUGGGUGGGCGGGUUGCUCAUUAACAAGUGAGAGUGAGGUCGUAGAGUUCGUAAGCCCGUUCGGGGGUCUGAGAAGACGGUUAGGACUCCGGAGCGAUGGAGGGCAGCCUCGUCCCAACCAUGAACCCUGCUUCUCCCAUCAUCCUCCUGCAGACAUACAGCUUGGACCACUCCUGGUAACACCGGGCCAGGAUCUCUCUUCCCCCUCCUCCACUUUGAGUUUCCCCCCCACCCACCCACCUCCUCGUUUCGCUUGUUUUCUUAGUUUUUCUUCUUUUUUUUUUUCUACAAAGCAAGAGGACUUUUUUUUUGGCAUUUUUCUUUUUUUCUUUUAAGUCAUUUCAGGUAUUUAUUUUUUCAAAUAACACAAAGGAAAAAAAUUUAAACUGAAAUCAAAGAACUGAAGAAUUUUAAGCAGUUCCUUUUACAGGAAUGGGAGAUUUUGUUGCAACGGAUGAGCGUUGUCUUUAUUUGUUAUUUAUUGCUUUUAAACAUAUGUUUGCAUAAGAAAAGGAGAAGAAGUGAUGAACGGUAAUCGAGGAAGUCGGUUUGUCAUUAACAGAUGGAAGUAAGUUAGGUUAGAGUCGACAGGUCUACUGCUGUGAAGUAUAUGCGAGGCAAAGUAGUAUAAAAUCUUUUGAUACUGAUCCAUCCCCAUCAGAAGUCAGCCAGAUAAACAGCAGAUUCACCUCAUCAGAACAGUCUGAAGGGAAUAAUGGAGAAGGUUCAUGAAACAGGGAACAGACAGGGUGAUUACCAGAUGCCUUUUUUGAGAGGAUGUCGACAGCCGUUGGCAGUUUAGAAUUUUCUGGAUUGUUUUGAGACACAAUUACACUUUAGUAUACAAUGGUGUACAAAGUAAACUGGUGAAGAUCAAAGUUGUUUUUCUAUCGUUUUAUAAGGAUACAGUAAAAUAAACCAGUACCAUUAGUGUUAAUGUGACCCAGUAGUGUCAGAUGCGGUUAGAGAUAUAUUCAUGAAGAGCAAAGAUUCACUGGCACCAAUAGAUAAUAGUCUAGAUAGAUGGUUUUAAUAAUUAAGUACUUUUUAACGUGCCCAUUUGUUCAGUUGUUCUGUUAUUUCUCCAAUUUAUUUGAUUUGCAUUUUCUCAUCAAGUUGAAAUUCGAUGAAUUUCAAUUAUUUCUUUGUAUGAAGAGUUUAUGAUUUAUUUUGGUUUCAUAUCAACCAUGCUCUUAGGUUUAUGUAUCAUACUAUAUUAUUAUUAUUAUUAUUAUUAUUAUUAUUAUUAUUAUUACUAGACUAAGAGUAAUGAUGUACUUUUUGUACAAAUUAGUUUGUUUCCUAAUAUAUAUUGACAGGUUUUCCAUGUAUAUUUUAACAGAACUGAAAUGUUAUUUUGUUAUUGAAGAUUAAAUUAUACCUUUUUUAGCGCUGUGUUUCAAGUAAGGUCAGAAGCAUUCAUGGAAACGUGGAAGGGGGGACUAAAAAACUAAAUAAAAAAACAGACAAAAAAAAAAAACAAAACAAACAAAAAAAAAAAAAAACAGGGUUUUUAUCCAGAUCCACUCAACACUAAUCACAACUUUCAUCACUCCACCAGCAGUGAAUCAGCCUUCAGUGUAUGCGCAGGUUUAAACAUGUAUUUGUACAGCAUAAAAUCUGGAGUUAUCAUUAUUCCACCGCAAAUACCAAAUAAUCCAGAAGCACAUUUUCACCUUUCAUAACUUUACUGUAUCUUAUUGUACUUGAAGGGUUUGUAGAGGUGACUGUGAGCCUGACCAGUACUGGAUCUGCACCAAAUAGUAAAAAAUUCCCACUAAAAAUCAUUUAACAAUGAGUAAAACAAAACAAGACCUGAACUGAUUAGUUAAUUGACUGAUAGAGAAUUAACUGGCAAGGAUUCUGACAAUUAAAUAAUUGUUGUAUUUCAAGCAAAAAUGCCAAACAUUUCCUGGCUUCAGCUGCUUCAGACAAUUUUCAGUUUUAUAUCUUUGUAAAUUUAAUAUCUUUGUGUUUUUAACUGUUCAGAUUGAAAACAUGUCACCUUGGGUUCUUGGGAAAUUAUAAUGGGCAAUUUUUAGUAUAUUCUGACAUUUUAUAAUCUAAACAGUUAAUCAAUUCAUCCAGAAAAAAACAGGCAAUUAACUAAUUGAUGAUUUAUUGAUUCAAUGGGACCGGAAUCGUAACCUCUUUGGUGGAGGAAACAGUGUGCUUUACACAGUAUGUAAUGAUGACAUUUUCUGAUGUACCUCAUGCACUUUUUUUCUGAAUAUGUACUUCAGUUUCUCUCUUCCCUUGUUUUUUUUUAAUCAGCCAAAAUAAAAGCAGAUACCAAUAUAUCCACAGUAGGCCAAUAUCGGCCCUUUGAUUUGUCGGUCAGGCUCUAGGCUCUUCUGCCUCGUAGCUCCAGGGAGCAAUAACUGUCAUGGCUGCUGGAUUCUGGGUAAAAUCUGUUUUUUUUAGUAUCGUGUGUCUGCCUCCUGUACCAAGUGCAGGUGUAAGUGUUAGUGCGUCUGUACGUAGGAAUGGAAAACGAGAUUCAAGGUGAUAGCGGUAGGCGUUUAGACGGCGACUCACAGGGACGAAAAGCGGAGAAGGGCGUGAAACGAAAGAAAGGGGUACAGAGGGCUGAUGGGAAAAUCAGAAGUUCAAGUGAUCAGUCUGCUUCUUUGAAAGUGGGAUUUUACAAAAAAAAUAAAAUAAAAAAAUGGGAGUGGAAGGCAUUUGGUGACUUACCGUUCUUGAUGGCUGUACAGAGGUUGCUUGUUUUUGACCUGCUAUUUCAAACCCCCCACCACCACCCACCCUUCUACUAACCCCCCUUAUACCAGCACCCGCAGCUGCUCCACUGAAGACCCUGAUGGUGCUAUAACCCCCUUUUGUUUAUGCCCUCGCGUAAUCCGAGCCUGUCAGUCCUCGGCUGAGUUGUAGUCCUGACCACAUGGUAGCAUGCACUUUGGUGUUGUGGCUGGAUCCACUCCUCUAGCUCAUUAUCCUUCACAAAGCAUAGUUAUGUGUGUGUUGGAGGGGGCGGCACCUACAUUUCCCCAGAACGACGCUAGAGGGAAUAUCAAAUCAUUAGCGCUACAUUGGCAACCAGCUGUCACAUACAGGAGCUUAUUUAUGUCAAGUUAACAGUUUUCUAACUUGGAACCAUCCAGCAAAUAGCAGAUGCAAAGAUGAAGCACACUUCUCCUAACAAGGGGUGGAUCAGGGUGGAAGGGUUGACUUUUGUGUGUGUGUGUUUGUGUGUGUGUACAUUCAUACUUCAUAUUUAUUACUUCUUCAUAAAGGUCAACAUGACUGGCCAGUUCAGCCAGGCUGAGUUGUUAGCAGGACAUCUUUUAAAGGUCAGUCUGCGAAGGUGUUUCUUGUACAUCUAUCAGCAUUAUGUAGCUUCAGUGGUCUCACUCUGAACAUGCAACAAUUUUAAGAUUUUUUUUUUUAAAGGCAGCAUUAUUCAAGGAGCAAUAAUCAGCUGUAAGAGCAAAAAGAUGUGAUUUACAAACUGUGUGUCUGAAAAUCCAACAAUGAAUAUGUCCUUUCUGUUUCUAGAAAACGACUUAACCAAAUUGCUGUUGUGCUGACUCUUUAAACGACGACGUGACUAUUGAGACACUUAGUUACAGUUGCGUUCAGUGAUAACAUUUUAUAAAGAUCAAUUUUCCUUAGAGACCUCUUGUGUGGAUGUUUGUUCUGCUGCUGUCUUUUUUUUCUUUGCCGUUUUUCAUUGUCAAGUGACAGAUUGUUCCCUGUGCCUGGAUCCCUAAAACUCUGCAGUUUACCAAAGUGGCAAAGAUGAAGGGAUGGAGAGCGAAAAGACACAACCUCCAUAUCAACUGUACCAAGAGACUGCUCCGUCCUUAAAUCUCCCAGGCCCAGAGGGAAAACGGUGUUCAUCUGUUGUUUGAAACUGUGAUGUGCACUGGGAAGCCCAAAAAUCUCUGUCUUAAUUUUUUUUUGUCUCUACAGGCAUGUUUCUUGUGACAAACCCAACUUUACAUUUACAUUUCAGUUGCUGUGUCAUGUUUACAUAUUUUACUAUUCUUUUACCUAAUGGGAGAUGGCUACAGUUUUGGCCAGACAUGUGACUUUUGAUGACCGAGUGUGAUAGUUGUCCGUGGUUUUUUAUAUGAAAACACAGCUGACCCAUCCCUCCCUGAAAAACGACAAUGAAGGUGCAGCCAUGCAAAAUACACUGUGGUGCAUUGGAAGAUGACGCAUUGAUUCUUGUGUCUUAAAUUUAUAACAGAAAGGGGAUGAACACAAUAACAGAAACACCUGCAUGGUAUAAUGUAAUUCCUUAUAACAAGCAAGCAACAAAUCCUACAUUUGUGAAACUUACUAUCAGUUCUUGCUAAGGUUUGUGUCAAAGAAGUGUUAAGGUCAUUUUUGAGGUUGUAUUUUGUGGUGAUAUUGUACUGGACAGCACUUUACUGUGAGGUGUUCUUGUUAUUUUGUCUGCCCCCUGUUUUUUCUACAUAUUUCAGCAAUUAACAGAUAUUUUAAUUUAAAAAAAACACAAUUAAUGUACGACAUAAUCAGAACUUAAGUUUCAGUGGUAAUCAUUGGCUGUCCCUCAAACAAUUGUUUAGGGUUUUUGUUGAUAUUUAUGUGAUAAAAUUUCUUAACCAAUUUAGAUGAUCAAAAUCAAGUUUAUGCACAAUCGGCUUCUUAAAUUUCCUUCCUGGCCAAAAUCCCUGUCACAUUUAAGUGGGUGAUGCAUGUUAAACUGAGGGGUUUGAUGAAAGUCAUGGCUGAAGACAUCUCGAUCUGCUUUUUGCCCCUCUGCCAGCUCCCAGUAGACAGACCCUCACAUGACCGUGCAUACACGUCAUUAAGUGUAUAUGCAUAUCCAUGUCUGGUGGUGUGUUAUGUUGUCUGCAUCAUUCUAUCCUGGGACUGGAGAUUGCUGUUUAAUUGCGUUAUAUAUACAAGUAUAUAUAUAUAUAUAUAUAUAUAUAAAUCCAUGUGCCAAAUCCAGUUCUUGUUCAGUCUGAUCCAUUCCGAACCCGUUUUUACUGUAGGUAACCUUCUGUACAAGUCAGUAUAAAAUAUUGUUUCUCUCCAAUAGUCCCUUGUAACUGGUGCCAUUAAAUAAAACUAUUCAAACUUGAAAUAAACAUUGAAUAAAAAUGUCAUGUGGCUCACCCUG